ACUUCUGCCUUGCGCAGGUGGGAGGGAAGAGAGACGAGAGAUAACCUGGAGACAAUGGAUGCUGAUGAGGGUCAAGACAUGUCCCAAGUUUCAGGAAAGGAGAGUCCCCCAGUAAGUGACACUCCGGAUGAUGGUGACGAGCCCAUGCCUGUCCCUGAAGACCUUUCCACUACCUCUGGAGGACAGCAGAAUUCCAAGAGUGAAAGAGGAGUGGCCAGUAAUGUUAAAGUAGAGACUCAGAGUGAUGAAGAGAAUGGGCGUGCCUGUGAAAUGAAUGGGGAAGAAUGUGCGGAGGAUUUACGAAUGCUUGAUGCCUCGGGAGAGAAAAUGAAUGGCUCUCACAGGGACCAAGGCAGCUCGGCUUUGUCGGGAGUUGGAGGCAUUCGUCUUCCUAACGGAAAACUAAAGUGUGAUAUCUGUGGGAUCAUUUGCAUCGGGCCCAAUGUGCUCAUGGUUCACAAAAGAAGCCACACUGGGGAACGGCCUUUCCAGUGCAACCAGUGUGGGGCCUCCUUCACCCAGAAAGGCAACCUGUUGCGGCACAUCAAGCUGCACUCCGGGGAGAAGCCCUUCAAGUGCCACCUCUGUAACUACGCCUGCCGCCGGAGGGAUGCCCUCACCGGUCACCUGAGGACGCAUUCCGUUGGUAAGCCUCACAAAUGUGGAUAUUGUGGCCGAAGCUAUAAACAGCGAAGCUCUUUAGAGGAACAUAAAGAGCGAUGCCACAACUACUUGGAAAGCAUGGGCCUUCCAGGCACGCUGUACCCAGUCAUUAAAGAAGAAACUAAUCACAGUGAGAUGGCAGAAGACCUGUGCAAGAUAGGAUCAGAGAGAUCCCUCGUGCUGGACAGACUAGCAAGUAACGUCGCCAGACGUAAGAGCUCUAUGCCUCAAAAAUUCCUUGGGGAAAAGUGCCUGUCAGAAAUGCCCUAUGACAGCAGUACCAGCUACGAGAAGGAGAACGAGAUGAUGACGUCCCACGUGAUGGACCAGGCCAUCAACAAUGCCAUCAACUACCUGGGGGCCGAGUCCCUGCGCCCCUUGGUGCAGACACCUCCGGGGGGCUCUGAGGUGGUCCCCGUCAUCAGCCCCAUGUACCAGCUGCACAAGCCCCCCUCGGAGGGCCCCCCGAGGUCUAACCACUCUGCUCAGGACAGUGCCGUGGAGAACUUGCUGCUGCUGUCCAAGGCCAAGUCGGCCUCCUCGGAGCGGGAGGCCUCCCCGAGCAACAGCUGCCAAGACUCGACGGACACGGAGAGCAACACGGAGGAGCAGCGCGGCGGCCUCAUCUAUCUGACCAACCACAUCAACCCUCAUGCCCGCAACGGGCUGGCCCUCAAGGAGGAGCAGCGGGCCUACGAGGUGUUGCGGGCGGCCUCCGAGAACUCGCAGGAUGCCUUCCGCGUGGUCAGCACCAGCGGCGAGCAGGUGAAGGUGUACAAGUGCGAACACUGCCGGGUGCUCUUCCUGGAUCACGUCAUGUACACCAUCCACAUGGGCUGCCAUGGCUUUCGCGAUCCCUUCGAGUGCAACAUGUGCGGCUACCACAGCCAGGACAGGUACGAGUUCUCCUCCCACAUCACGAGGGGGGAGCACCGUUUCCACAUGAGCUAAAGCUGCAGCCCACCCCACCCAGAAAGCACAAGGACUGCCUCCCUCACCCACCCUCCUGCUGGCAGCAUGGGCCUCACGGACCCUGUAAUUUGGGGUAUGGAUUUUUAGGAGGCUUUUUUUUUUUUUUUUUUUUUGGUCUUUUUUAGUUGAUUGAUUGGGAUAUGAUUUGCUUUUGAAAACGAGAUUUUUAUUGUUAGAGGCAGGACUGCAUCAGGAGCAUUGAGAACUGUUAUCUUCCUAGACGUUUCUGUAGACUGCUAGCCAAAAUUCCCUCACCUGUGGCUUCCUAGCAUCCCCCACUUCUCCAAUUAGUCUGGAUUUUCAGAAAGAGUUCAGUAAAACAAGCCAGUGCAUGGGAAGGAGCAUGGCAGUCCCUGUGCUAAGCAUGGGGGUUCAUGCACCCAGGUAUAAUCCAAGUCCCCAGAAGAGUGGGUAGAACCGGAGAGGUGUGCCAUCCCAGCAAACUGAACGGUGAGCAGCAGGACCAGCAACCCAUGGUGAGACCAAAGACGUGGGCCACCAGCAUCCAGAGCAGAAAGACUGCACUUUGUAAAAGUUAAUAUUGUCAUAUUCUACAUAGGAAAAUAAAUCAGGAAAGAGUGUGGUACAGGGCUUCCCUAGGCAAAGGGAGAGGGGAAGGAUUGGAGAGCCCUUAGACUGCUUCUCACCUUCUGAGGUUGGAAAUGUUGCCCAGAUGAAUCUCUUGAGGCUUGAUGCCAGGUGGGAGGAGCUCAGUGUCCCUGUGGGCAAAUCUGGGGAUCCCUAAACUCUGCUUUGUCAUUUUCCAUACUUGUAAUGGCCCCAAACCUAUCACUACAUUUUAAAUACUUGUCCUAAAAUUUGGACCUUAAUUCUUUUUUAACUUCCCAGAAACCAAAGCUUUCUUCCAGUUUCCACACUCAUUUCUCUGGUCUUCCUCAAGAUUAAUCAUACCAUUAAAGUCAUUACUCUCUACCACCUCAGCCAAAAAAAAAAAAAAAAAAGCAUACAGUUUUAAAUGUUUACAGUACUUGUCUUCACCAGAACUGUCCAAAGUCCACAUAAACUUGUAGAAACAGAGAGGAAAUUGUAUGUUAGUAACUCAACAUUUAGUCUAAUCCAGAGAUUCUUAGUGCUUAGCCCCACUGACAUUUUAGGCUGGAUAAGCACUGGUCCUGGGCACUGUAGAAUAUUUAGCAGCAUCCCUGGUCACUGCCCAGUAGAUGCCCACAGCACCCACAGUUGACAUUGACAAAUGCCUCCAGACAUUUCCAAAUGUUCCACUGGGGGAAAAAAAUCACCUCUAAUUGGGAACCACUGAUCUAAAUGAAUUCUAAACCAGUCGAAGGUCUGGGCAGCUUUCCAAAGAUAAAAAGCACUUUGAAGACUUUUCCCAGUCAGCAAUCUCAAGUUGGACUUGUUCUCCUUUAGAAUGAUUAUAAAUUCUAUACGUGAGUUAUUCCCUUUCAGUGUUCACAAAUAUACUUCCUCAUGUGCACUUGAGUUUCAUUGAAAGGACAGAGUUCAGAAAGAUGUCAUGUUUCAGUCAUGGAUUUCUUUUGUUUCCAGAACAGUAUAGCAUUUUGAAACUGGAAAUAAACAAAAUUGUAAUUGUAAUAAUUUAGUCUCUGCUACACCAAUGCAUUGAGUGAAGGAAGAGAUGGAAGAACCAGGGCUGUGGAUGGCUUUGGUCAAUAUGCAGUUACAGAGACAGACACGCCUUAUCCAAAUUCAUAUACUCAAGCUGAGAACCUUCUUAGCUUUCCAGUUUGCUGGCAGAUUUUACCUACCCUCUCCAUUUUGAUGCAUCCCAGAAAUUCAAUUGGUUGAAGGGAGUUAUUUUUUUUUUUCUAAUGGCAUUCAAGCAAGGCUUAAGCCAGAACUGUAAAUAGUGGUCACGAGAGUUCUUUUCUAAAAUGCUUUGCCCCUUCCUCUCACUGCCUUUUAUAGCCAAUAUAAAUGUCUAUUUGCACACCUUUUGUUGUGGUUUUAUAUUGUAACAGCAUAUUUUGAAACUAUUGUAUUUAAAGUAAGGUUUCAUAUUAUGUCAACGAGUAAUUAAAUUAUGUUUGAAAGGUGGCCAUAUUCUGUACCAAAAGUUGCUGAAGUUUUUCUUCUAGCUGGUAAAAGUAGGAUUUUGCAUGACCUCACACUUUUUCUUCUGUGGUUUGUUCUGUUGUAUGAUGGCAUGAGUGUGUGUCUCAAGUACGGCUGUGUACUGAAGUGUGCCUACAUUCCAUACACUCCCAUUGUGUUUCAAAUAAAUACCAGAGGUAGGAGGCUCCACCAGUAGCAGCUUGAGCUGUGGAUGACAGCUAGCACUGGUUCUCAUUCCCUUCUCCUGCCUGUCAUCCCUAUUUCCUGUGGAAUGCCUGGACUAUGCUCCCUAUCCCAGGUUCCCUGUGUAAUUUGUACUUUAGAGUGUGUCCUUGUCCUAGUGAAAGAGUCACUAAAUAUCAUUGCAUUAUCAUUGCAUUAUCACCAAAGGGCAUUUCCCAGCACCAAUUGCUUCAGAAACCAGCAUGUUCCAUUUCAAAUUUAGAAUCAGUCGUAAUAAAUAAAUCUUAGAAUCUUCACUGAGAAAGAGAGCUACCUGUUAUGGAGAUGUGGGUUUGUUUUAUGGUUUUUUUUUUUUUUUCUGUUUUGUGCUUUUAUCUUCUUUCGUUUUGUUUGGACUGCAUUGUGAUUCUCAUAACAUCCCCUUCUUGCCAAAACAAAAUCGAGUUGAACUAGACUUAUACAGACCCAUCAUGAUGCAAAUGUAUUUCUUCAUUCUUCAGUUCUUCCAUUCCAGCAAUAAUGAAGGGUCAACCCUAUUUAAAACCCAGAUCUCCCUCAUUGCAUAUCCAUUUCAAUGUUUCUUACUUUAAAAUGAACCAAAAUUAAACUUAAAAUUUAAGAUGUACAGGUAUCAGAAAAAAAAAAAGUACAGAUGCUUUUGGUGCAGGAGCACUCACUGUGAACAAGUGUAACCAGAUAUUAAUAUGCAAUAUUGUUCCAAUACUUUCUAAUACACUUUUUUAUAAUA